CAACAGAUGUGUUGUCAGCCUUCUAAUAUCAGGAGGAGGGGUAGUGGGGGGGAUUAAAUGAUAACACUGCUCUCGUAAUUUGCUAGUGCUUUGAUAGGAAAAGGUUUCAGGGAGCCUGCCCGUCAGAGACAGCAGCAUCCCGAAAGGACUGACAAGUGUUUGAGGGAACAAGCCAGCUAAAGUGGAGGUAACCACUAAUAUACAUAAAACAAAACCAACGGCUCUUUCCGUGUCGAGGGAGUCCAUCAACAGCUGGCAUGAGACUGGCUGAUUUGGCCCGAGCCCGGAGGGCUGCAGAGCCAUCCGAACCAGAAUCGAAGGAAGCAACAGAGCCUGCUCAUAAUGAGCACUCUCAGUCAGAACACCAUGAGCACUCAAACUCAGAACAUCACCCUAGCCAUGACUACAACCAGAUGAAGGAGAAGUUCAUGAAUGAACUGCACCAUCUACCAAUUCCUAUGUGGGCAGUGGCAGCCAUUGUUGUGGUGGUCCUUGUUUUAGUGGCAUGCUUCAUCUUCUGUAUUUUCAAAAAAUGCUGUGGGAAAACAAAAAAACCAAAGAAGGUCAGGGAGAGGAAGACAGGUCGCCGCAGAAAGGCAAAGGAAGGAGAAGGACAGGAUGGAGAUAAGGACGGAGAGCCAAAGAAGGAAGGUGAAGAAGAGGAAAAAGAGCAAGAAAAGUUGGGUAAACUGGAGUUCUCCUUAGACUACAACUUCACAGAUUGCCAGCUCAUAGUGGGCAUCCUUCAGGCUCAGGACCUUGCUGCUAUGGACAUGGGUGGAACCUCAGAUCCCUACGUCAAAGUCUUUAUGUUGCCUGACAAAAAGAAAAAAUAUGAGACCAAGGUUCAACGCAAAAACCUGAGUCCUGUUUUCAAUGAAACCUUCAUCUUUAAGAUUCCAUAUGCAGAGUUGGGUGGAAAGAUCUUGGUGCUGCAGGUUUUUGACUUUGAUCGUUUCUCCAAGCACGAUAUGAUUGGUGAAAUAAAGAUUCCCAUGAACAGCAUCGAUUUGGGCCAGCCUAUGCAACAAUGGAGGGACUUAGAGGGUGGUGAGAAGGAGGAGCAAGAGGUACUUGGAGAUAUUUGCAUCUCUCUACGCUAUGUACCCACUGCUGGGAAACUGACAGUGAACAUCAUGGAGGCAAAGAAUCUGAAGAAAAUGGAUGUUGGAGGCUUAUCAGACCCAUUUGUGAAGAUUGUUUUACAACAAAAUGGGAAGCGUAUUAAGAAGAAGAAGACAACAGUGAAGAAAAACACACUUAACCCUUACUUUAAUGAGAGUUUCAGCUUUGAAGUCCCCUUUGCCCAAAUACAGAAAGUACAGGUUGUCAUCACAGUAUUUGACUAUGAUAAACUUGGGAGCAACGACGCCAUUGGGAAGACCUUUAUGGGUUAUGGAGCUACGGGUGUGGGCCUGCGUCAUUGGUCAGAUAUGCUUGCUAAUCCCAGACGUCCAGUGGCCCAGUGGCACACUCUCCUGCCUGAGGAAGAAGUUGAUGCAGCACUUAAAGCAAAACCUCGUUAAAGUUUUACCUUUAUGGGAUGGGAAAUUAUGCUGGGAUGCUCUCUUUUUUUGGUGUUCAACCUGUUUUGUUUUUUUCUCUUUGAAUGACAUAGUGCGUUCUACUUACACUUUGUUUUUCAGAAGGGUUUUAGAAAGCUGUUGGAGCUGUGUGUGCUCUCAGAGUGGAUUGGGUGUUUUGAUGCCCUACGGAUAGAGGCACUGCCAUCAUAAAAGUCAUUACAGUAGGAUAGAAAUAUGGUCGGAUUAAGGUGUUCUCUGUACCGAUUUGCAGUGACUUCUUCCAUUUGGGCAAAUAUACCAAAGUCUUUUCAGCGAAAUGCUAACUUCACUGCAGAGAUAGAAGUUGUCGUCUUUGUCACCUGUCUGUACUGCUUGUAUGUGUGUGUACAUGUACAAGUAAUGUGAUUUUUAUUUUAUUUUUUACAAUUACAAAACCCUUGACUGUACCUUCCACUGUUAACCAGCAUGACUGAAAACUUUGUUGUUAUUCGUCCUUUGCCUUGUGUAGCCUUUGUAUUUGGAUGUAUAAAGAAAUUAUUUGCGUAACUACUCUGUUAUUUGUAAUGUUUGUUCACUCUGAUGGUAUGACUUUGUUUCUGGAUUUCAUUCUCAGUAAACCGGGCCUUUUUGCUUGUUUUGUCGAGCUGUGGUGAAACAAUGUCCAGUAAAAUGCUAUUCAA